AAAAAGAUAUGUAUUGUUUAUCUUUUGACUUUCUAGUAAACACCCAACGAACAAAGUUUAUUUUGUUCCCUAUAAAUAAAGUUUGACUCACUGUUAGUGUUGCACCUUCAAUCGAGAUCCUCCUGCCUCUGGCUAUCUGAUUGAAAAUGUCAAGUGAAACAGUGAAUGUGGAUGACUUCAAAGAAUUGGCUAAGCAGGCACUUCCAAGGAUGUAUUACGAUUACUAUGCAGGCCGUGAGGAUCGAGGAACAGAUAUGUUCAAGGCAUUAGCUCUUGGUGCUCAGGCAGUCCUUGGUAAAAUAUCUUAUGAACCAGUGAAUGUGGAAGACUUUAGAGAAUUGGCAAGAUUAGCACUUCCAAAAAUGUACUAUGAUUUCUAUGCCGGGGGAGCUGAAGACGAACACACACUUAGAGAGAACAUACAAGCUUUCCAAAGAAUCACGAUUCGACCUCGAAUUCUGGUGGAUGUUAGCCAAAUUGAUACUUCAACAACCAUAUUAGGGCAUCGAAUCUCUACACCUAUUUUGGUUGCUCCCACAGCUGCACAUAAGUUGGCAUUCCAUGAAGGAGAAUUAGCCACAGCCAGAGCAACUGCUGCUGCUAAAACUAUAAUGGUUCUGUCCUACUCUUCAACCUGUUCAAUAGAGGAAGUUGCCUCUAGUUGCAAUGCUGUCCGUUUCUUUCAAUUAUAUAUAUUCCGAAGGCGCGAUAUCUCGAGGCAACUAGUAGAGAGAGCAGAGAGAUUUGGAUACAAGGCAAUUGUACUCACUGCCGAUACUCCUCGACUUGGUAGAAGGGAGGCUGAUAUAAAGAACAAGAUGAUUGCAAUUCCAGAGAAGAACCUUGAAGGCCUCAUAAGUAUUGACGUUGGCUGUGAUCGAGGUUCAAAAUUCGAAGCUUUUGCUAACAAAACCUUGGAUGCUUCUCUGCGUUGGGAAGACAUAGAAUGGUUAAGAUCAAUCACUACUCUGCCAAUUCUGAUAAAGGGAAUUCUCACUCAUGAAGAUGCAACAAAAGCUGUGGAAGCAGGUGUUGAUGGAAUUAUAGUGUCCAAUCAUGGAGCUCGCCAACUAGACUUUGCUCCAGCCACUGUUUCUGUUCUUGAAGAGGUAGUCCAUGCUGUCAAGGGUAAAGUUCCUGUGCUGUUAGAUGGAGGUGUGCGGCGAGGAACGGAUGUGUUCAAGGCACUAGCCCUUGGUGCUCAUGCAGUUCUUAUUGGGAGACCAGUUUUAUUUGGGCUAGCAGCAAAGGGAGAGGAGGGAGUAAGAAAAGUGUUGGAAAUGCUGAAGAAUGAGUUAGAGACAAGUAUGGCACUUUCUGGUUGCCCAUGUGUAAAGGACAUUACUAGAAGCCAUGUGAGGACACACUAUGAUAAGCUACAGUCAAUGCUUUGAUGUGUUUGCUUGAUAAUAUAAGCAACUCUUACCUUGCUUGGCUUACAAAAAGAAGAAAGAGGGCUAGGAAUUAUGCAAAACUAAUAUAUAAUUGUUGUUCUAACUAAUGAGAGGGAAAUGAGAAAAAUGGGAAGUGUGUUUAUUUCAUUCUAGAAAACUCCAUAUAAAUACAUAUCUUGAAUCUA